AUGCUUGGUCACCAAGCAAUCUCAACUUGCAAGAAUCCGCAUGGUGUGCAGCCCACAAACAGAUGUUCCUUGAAUCAAGUACGUUGCAAUUUUAGUACAGGGUGUCAACCUCCAAAAGAGCAACCCGAACCGCUCAGGUGCCCAAUCACUUUCUUGGAAGAGGAUGUGCCACUGGUCGGAGCUCCAUGCGUAUUGUUCUCCCAGUAUGGCCUUGGAGAAGGGUUUUCCAAUGAACAGAAGAGCCGAGUGCAGAAAGCGUCAGUGAAGUUUCAACAACGAGCUUACGAUAUGGUGGACACCAGUGAGUUCACAGAAGCUAGCUUGCGGAAGAUGGCUGGCAACGGCAUGAGCCUGCCAGAGGGUGGGUUUAUGCUGCUGAUGAUGUUGCUGUGCAUCAGUAACAACUAA